GUGGCAGUACCGGAUUUCAGCGGUGGCGCCAUGGAGAACUGGGGUCUCGUGCUUUAUCGCGAGACUGCGCUACUUUACGAACAGGGUGUGUCCUCAAGCGAGAACAAGUUAAUGGUCACCCUGAUCAUAGCACACGAAAUUGCACAUACAUGGUUUGGUAAUAUGGUAACAAUGAAAUGGUGGGACGACCUUUGGUUAAAUGAGGGAUUUGCCAGUCUUCUUAUGUACUUCGCCAUGGAUGCCAUUUACCCAGACUGGAACGUGUUCACGCUGUCUGUUGUCGCAAAAGAAGUGUUUCCGGUGAUGGUAAAAGACGCAAUGACGACGUCACAUCCGGUGUCAACUCCUAUCGACACUCCAGACGACAUUGCUGAAUCUUUCGACUCCAUUUCUUACAGCAAGGGCAUGGCCAUCUUAAGGAUGCUCAUGGGUUUUGUCGGAUGGGAAGAUUUCCAAAAAGGCCUUAGGCUCUACGUCAACAGAUUCAAGUUCCGGAAUGCGAAAAUGGACGAACUUUGGGACACCUUUUCUGAGGCAGUGGACUAUAGAUAUGACAUUAAGUCCACCAUGAACACGUGGACCCGUCAGAUGGGAUUUCCCGUGAUCACGAUGCAGACGGAAGGGGACAGCUAUAACCUGACUCAGGAGAGAUUUCUAUACCUAGACAACAUGGCCGACAGUAACACAUCGCAGUCAAACGAGGACGAUUACAAGUAA